AUAUAUAUAUAUAUUUGUGUAUGUCAUUUUUCUCGUGGAUAGGGAUUUCUUUGCAUAUUUCACCCUACCUUCAAUUGACAUGCACCUGCCAAUGUUACCCCAAAUUCGCUUUUGGCUCGGGUAAAAGUAGAACCCUAACCCCUCGAUCCAUCGUUGCCACCGUUCUCCGGUGUCCGCCGUGCCGCCACCCUUAAGAAUCCGGCCACGGCUUUCUUCCUAUCCAAGCGCCCCAAGCUGCCGUCGCAAUCGUAGAGACGCCCUCGCCGCCUCGUUGGGGCGCCGCCUCCUGGACGCUGCCGGGGUCACCGUCGCCUGAGGCGCCAACACACGCAGCGGGGCCUCCCGGGCUUAGCGGCGAGUCCGCCCUGCCACUCCCCCUUGCCGUCACGCCGUCGCUCCCCUGGUCACCCGUCGCCCCUGACCGUGCCCUGCUUAUCUCGGUGGCCCAAACUCCGGAGAGAGGAGGAAACUCUGCUUCCUUGUGCAACUCAGGAUCGGAGAUGUCUUCGUUCGAGAUACCGGAACCCAUAGUCAAGCUGGAGUUGAGCGGGACAAACUACGGGCGGUGGGCGUUGGUAACGAGUGUCACCCUCCGAGACUGUGGUCUGUGGAAGCACAUCACCGGCGAGAGUGCCUGUCCUCCAGCCCCUGUUCCUCCUCCCCGGCCACCGGCAACUGCUGCCAAGGAGGUCACUGAUGCUGCCAAUAAGGUCUAUCAGAGCGCUCUCGAUGCCUACAGGCAGUGGGACGCCGACGACGCCCGUGCCAUGCUCAUCCUGGUUCACAGUGUCGAGGCCGACAUCGUCCACAUGGAGCUGCAGACCGCCCAGCAGAUGUGGGCACACCUUCAGCAGCGCUACCAGCCAGUUGUCGACGCCGUCCACUACUCCGUGCUGCAGCAGCUCCAGACACUUAAGCAGGACGAUGAUACCGUGGAAGACUUUUACAAGCGGUUCACGCCUCUUUGGUGCAAGCUCCAUUCGUUGGUCCCACUCCCAGAUGUUUGUCGAGGAUGUGCUUGCUGUGUGAAGCGCCAGCAGCACAAUGACAAGAGCUGUCUCUACGAGUUUCUCAUCCAGCUUCGGCCAGAGUUUGAGCCUGCCAAGGUUCGGUUGUUGAGCUCUUCUCCUCUACCGUCUGUGAUCGAGGCACGUAACACCCUUCUUGUUGAGGAGAUUCUGCUCCAGAGAACUGCCCCUGUUGUUACUCCUGCUGAGAAGAAGACGAAUAAUAAGAAGAAGAAGCAUAGUGGCAGUUGCCCCAACUUGAGGUCUUCUGAACCUUCUGAAGGUUCAUCUUCACCACUGUCCCAGGAUGAGGUUGCUCGGAUGGUUAACUGGUUUCAAGGCCUCACUCACCAGGGGUCAUCAGGAUCUACCAAUCUUCCUCAUUCCAGGUACUCCACUUCUAGGGUGCUGUGCAGUUAUUAUCUGCCGGACAUCUCACUAAACAAGGUUUUGCGGGUUUUGACUCUGGGUCCUGUUCUUCUGCACAUGACCGCUGUAAAGAUUAUCAGCUCAUAUACAUCCUUGAUGGACGCAAUCUUUUAUCCACUUCUGCUGCAAUGUCCAUGCCAUCUGCCACUGCCUCUGCCACCAGUCUCUGAUGGUUUAGGAGUUAGGACACCAUGUGGAUCAUGUCGAUAAUAGUUAGUAAUUUAGGGUGUCCUUGCCUUGCAUGUCAUGUCGUUCUUGACACUUCCAUGGUUGUUAAGUGUUCUAGUGAUUCCAUAUCUACUCAUCAUUUCGAUCUUGUUUACGUAGGCUUACUUACAAAGAUAUCAGUCCGUUGUCAUUUAUCGUUCUUGCUACUAUAAUUUACACUCAUUAGGCACGAAUAAUUUGAAUCAAUUAACAUUUUGAAUGGUGAAAGUUGACCAUAUUUGUAUCCAUAUUUCUUACGCACAUUUUACUAGGAAUAUGAUAGAUAUUGUUAAUACUACAGGUAAAUUUAUGUCAUAGUCAUAUCUCAUCUAAUACGAUGCCACCCGUAGCUGUGGUCCAAUUUUUUUUAUGAAUGGACGGCGAACGCUUUGCUGUGUGAUUUAUUAGAAGAUCUAAAACAGAUAUGUACAAAAAGCUCUGCAGUCCAUGGUGCCUUGUUGGAGCAAUUCCUUCUAGCAUAAUUGUUGUUGGUUUCUUUUUUUUUUGUUCUCUCUACUUCCAAUCCUGAUCUGUUUUCGCGUCAGGAAAAUGUUUGUUAUGCACACAAAUCAUACAUUCAUACCAAAAAAUACUGUUGACUCUUCACUGGAUAAUAAUUGAAGAUCACAUUGUCUUUUUUGUCUUGCAGUUUAAUAUUUGUGUUUUGUUUUUGUUGAGCUCAUGCUUUGUGGUAUGAGUAUUUGCCGUGCACUGAAAGUCCAAGAUUCCCUCUUAUUUUGCAUUUAGAACAUUUAUGAUGUUCCUAACACGGUUGGAUGUUCCAAUGUAAUCUGGUUGUUUCCUGUCUGAUUGUAACACGCUGUAUUUCUUCCUAAACAAAGGACAGUCUUGUCUUGUAAAUGUGAGGUAGGGAAGACUUUGCAUUUACAUAGUGGAUUAAGCUUCUUGUUCAACUUGUUUGAUGGCUGUUUGCCUGUCUUAAUUUUGAGCUUGUCAGGCUCAUAAAGCUUAGUUAUGGCUGAAAAUAAUUUGUUUCAUGUUUCUAAGGUACUUUGUAUGUGCUAUGUGCAAUGAUUUAGUUUAUGCCACAAAUUUAAGUUUGGCAAAACUAAUAUUGUUUUCAUCAGGUAUUUAAAAUUUUAAACCACUUCUGUAUUUAUGCCAUCAGCGUUCAUAUUGUACUUCCAUGUGUCA